AUGGAUGACACCAAAACCAAGAUCAAGCACGAAAGUUUCAAGGACUCCAUCUCCAAAGCCCUGAACAACCGUGCCGCGUCAACCAGGUUCCCCUUCGCCAUGACUCCCUCCACCUCCUCCGCCGCGCCCUCCAUUGUUUGGCCAUCUUCCAGCUCCACUCCCCAGAAGAAACGUCCUAUACUUUCCCCAACUCUCGCAACCCGGGACGCGAAGCGCACCACUACCACUACCUCGACCACCACCACCAAGCCUACCAUCCCCGCCCACCUCCUCGCCAACCUGAAGGUCCUAGUGGAACAACUCGAAUCCGCAACCACUCCCGCCACCGCCGCUGCCGAAGCGGAAUCGACCAUCGGUACCGAAGACGACCUCCGUGAGUGGAGGCCUUUCGAGCAGAAGUCCGACGGUUGGGGUGGUACUCGCGAGAAUCUACCCUGGGUAGAAACCGCUCUCGACAUCAUCAAGCAGGGCGAGAAGGUCUAUGAGAAAAACCUCAAGGCCUUUCAGGAUAUCUCUGAUAAGGUGAUGGCUCUGGGGGAUCAAGCACGGGAUAUUCGGACCGAGAUGGACGCGGUGUGUGCGAAGCUUCAUUGUUUUCAUGAGGCUUGUCUUGAUUUGCAGAUUGAGGUGGGCAAUAUCUCGUCUCAGGAGGUGUGCGAUAUUACUAGGCUGUCGUUGGAGGCGCUUCUUGAGGCCCAUGCGGGUGAUGUGGAGGGGUUUGCCACGGUGAAGAAGGCAUUGGGGGAGAAGGAUGAUGAAUGGAAUGGUUGGUAG